AUUACUACAGAAGAAACUAGAGAGCAGAGCAAGGGAGAGGAGAGGAGCGGAGCGACUUCCAAAUCCCAAACGCAAAGCUUGAAACCCUUGGGGAAGGGAAGGCGACGGCUAUGGAAGGAGAAGAAUCAGAGCCGAUUCCUGUUUCCCGACAACAUAUCGCAGAUGCGGAGAUGGCGGCUGCCCACACCGUAUCCGAUUCAGAUGAUUCGGAUUCUAGUGACUCCGAAAACGAAGCAGAGCAGGCUGUUGAGCUGCAAAACUUACAAUCCCAGCUCUCCACCAAUCCCUCCAACUAUGACGCCCACAUUUGGGGAAACUAUAUGUGGUUUGUUCCCAUUGGGCCCUGCGAUGUGGCAGGAGUGGGCUAAAGAUGAAGCUUCCCAUUCAUCAGGGUACUUAAAUUUCUUCUUCUUUUCCUUAGAUAAUAAGUGUUUGU